UUGGUGGCUUGUUUGACAGUUAGCGUUUGUUGUGGGAGGAUUUCUCCUGUGAAAAGUCGUUGGGAUUGUCUGUCUUUGCUGUGCAUCCAGCAUGUCGCAGGCUGGAGGGAUGAUGUUUGAUCGAGUUAUUCGCCAUUAUUUCCAAAACUUUUGUGCUGACACCCAAGCCAGCAGAGAUGAGGAGAAAUGUUUAUCUUAUGCUCAGGAGCUCAGGAUCGAGGAUUUUAAAGUCCUCACCCUCCUCGGCAAAGGCUCCUUUGCAUGUGUUUACCGGGCUAAAUCAGUAAAGACUGGUCUGGAGGUUGCUAUUAAAACGAUUGACAAAAAAGCAAUGCACAAAGCUGGUAUGGUCCAGCGUGUGACAAACGAGGUGGAGAUUCAGUGCCGUCUGAAACAUCCUUCUAUACUUGAGCUGUACAACUACUUUGAGGACAGCAACUAUGUGUACUUGGUGUUGGAGAUGUGCCACAAUGGAGAGAUGAGUCGGUACCUUAAAGAGAGGAAGAUGGCUUUUUCUGAGGAUGAAGCGAGACAUUUCAUGCAUCAAAUAGUGAAGGGGAUGCUGUAUUUACACACCCACGGCAUCCUGCAUCGAGAUCUGACCUUGUCAAACCUUUUGUUGACGAGCAACAUGAACAUUAAGAUAGCAGACUUUGGCCUGGCCACUCAGCUCAAACUCCCAAAUGAAAAGCACUUCACCAUGUGCGGGACACCCAACUACAUCUCCCCGGAGGUGGCCACUCGCAGCGCUCAUGGACUUGAGUCAGAUGUGUGGUCACUGGGGUGCAUGUUCUACGCCUUCCUGAUGGGUCGCCCUCCGUUUGACACGGACACCGUCAAGCACACUCUGUCCAAAGUGGUUCUUGGGGAUUAUGAGAUGCCGAGUCAUGUUUCUCUCGAGGCUCAGGACCUGAUUCAUCAGCUGCUGCAGAGGGACCCCGCCCAGCGGCCCAGCCUCUCUGCGGUGCUGGACCACCCGUUCAUGACCCAAAGCCUCCUGAGCAGGACCAAGGAGCUGGGGUUGGGGGAUGAAGGAUCCAUAGACAGCGGUAUUGCCACCAUCUCCACAGCCUGCACCUCCGCCACCUCAGCCAGCAGCAACAGCCGCCUCCAGAGGAGAGCCAGGCACAUGAUUGGCUCCGCCCUGCCCAACCGGAUGGCGCCUAUUCCAAAUCUUCUACGCCAACCCAACGGCGCCUGUUUUGAGGACGGAGACCAGUGGCAACAUCCGGCAGACAGAUUUCACAGAGAAGGGAGGAGCAGGGGGGUCCACGGUGGAGACGGAGGUCAGCCUCAUUCUCGCUACCUGAGGAGGGCUCACUCUUCAGAUCGCUCCGGCUCCUCUGCGUCAGGCCAGGGCUCGAGUCACGGCGAGCUGGGGCGAUGCCACUCAGAGGAGACUCUGACCGGUUUAGGAAGACAAGUCUUCCCCACGUCAUCCACUCAGCACCCGUUCACAGAGCACGGGAGGCUCCCCUCCCCACCCGUCAAACAGUCCGCAAACUCGGGGUAUGGCUCAUCCACACAGACACAUCCACCAAACCUGCAAUUUCAAGACCUGGGCGGAGUCACUAACUGGCUCAAUAAUGAGGCUUCAGGGCAGAGGCCUGCAGACAGCAGCACUCACAGCAGCAGCGGCAGCUUUCAUAGCAGCAGAGGACCUUUGGGGGUUCACAAUUCCUGGACAGACAAACCUAUGGGCCGAGGCGUGAACCUGCACCACAACCAGCACCACAACCCUCCCUCCAACUCAGACUCGUACAGGGAAAAUAUACCAGCAGCAGAGUUCCAGCCUCCUCAUGGCAGAGAAUUAAAACUUCCUUUGGCCAAACCCAGCGUGGAUAAAGUAAAGAAAACGCUGAGGGACGUAGUCCCGCCCCUGUGUGCGUCCAGACUCAAGCCCAUCAGACAGAAGACAAAAAACGCUGUUGUGAGCGUCCUGGACACAGGCGAAGUGUGUAUGGAGAUGUUAAAAUGCCAGGGUGGUCAAGAGAGGGUUAAAGAAGUCCUUCGGAUUUCCUGUGAUGGUUCGAUGGUGACGAUCUACCAGCCCAAUGGUGGGAAGGGUUUUCCUGUCCUGGACUGUCCUCCUGCUCCUCCAGAAGAUAUUCUGAUUUGUAGCUACGAGGACCUUCCAGAAAAAUACUGGAAGAAGUACCAGUACGCCUCCAAGUUUGUGCAGCUCGUGAAAUCCAAGACUCCAAAAGUGACUCUUUACACCAAGUAUGCAAAGGUGAUGCUGAUGGAGAACUCUCCCAACGCAGACCUGGAGGUUUGCUUUUAUGACGGAGCAAAGACCCACAAGACGUCAGAGCUGCUGCGAGUGGUGGAGAAGAGCGGGAAGUCGUACACGGUGAAGGGCGAGGUGGGGCUGAGCGGCCUGAGCCCAGAGAGCAGACUGUACGUGGAGCUGUCUGACGAGGGUCACAGCAUGUGUUUGUCCCUGGAGGCCGCCAUCACAGCCGAGGAGCAGCGCAGCACCAAGAACGUCCCUUUCUUCCCCAUAACUAUUGGCAGGAGACCAGCCAACCCGGACGCCCUGUGCUCAUCGUCCGCGCCCUCCCACGCAGCGCCUCCUGAUGCGGCUUCACCUCCUCAGCCUCCACAGAUCACUCCCUCAAUGAUCUCCUACGAUGGGUCUGACUUCACCACAGCCAGCCUGAGUAAGAAAAGCUCCCCGCUGCGACAGGACACAGGAAAAGUGGUGAAGUCCAUAUUUGUGCCCAAUGUUGGAUGGGCGUCCCAGCUGACGAGUGGCGAGGUGUGGGUGCAGUUCAACGACGGCUCUCAGCUGGUGGUUCAGGCCGGAGUUUCCUGCAUCACCUACACGUCUCCUGAGGGGAGGAUCACCAGGUAUAAAGAGAACGAGAAAUUGCCAGAACACGUCAAGGAGAAGCUGCACUGUCUGUCCACCAUCCUGGGACUGCUGGCCAACCAGACCACAAAUCACCAUCAACCUCACUGAUGCAUAGUUGUUCCAAAAAAAAAAAACCCAAACAUCCGAGCAGCACGGAGGCCCGGCAGGGAACAUAGAGUAGCAUUAGAAACCUUUAGACUGUCAUUUGUCUGGUGUUCUUGUAAAUAUGUUUUUUUUUUACAUGUACAGAAGACUAAGAUUAUGAGAAUAUAUAUUUUAAUAAGCAACUGUUUUGUCUGAAUAAGCCUUGUUGAAAAAAGUUUGUCAUGUUUGUUUUUUUUUUUUUAACUGUGUCUCCAACUCUAUGAAAUGUGUGAUUCAUAAAUGCUGAGUCAAUAAACAGCCGGAUGC